AUGAAUUUCUCGGUAACAAAUCACUCUGCUACGCCAGUAGUGUUAUUGUGGAGUCCUGGCUUUAAGUAUUUCAGUGUGACACUUUAUGUUGUUAUAAUCACCGUGGCAUUCACUGGAAAUCUGUUGGCUUGUCUCGCAUUUAUCUUGAGUGCAAUCGUUCGCAUCUCACCGACGAAUCAUUUCAUAUUUUCGCUAGCUGUAAGUGAUUUGCUUACCGCGUGCUUCGCAAUGCCCUUCGAUCUGGAACAGCUUUUAACCAAUAAUACUUGGUACCACGGAGAGCUCCUCUGCCAGAUAUGGACCACAGCGUACCUCCUCACUGUGCCCUCGUCUAUUUGGAACCUUUUGGCUGUGAGCGUGGACCGCUACAAGAGCCUCAAGGACCCGCUGAACCGUUUUCGCCAGACUCCGUUCAUGAGCCGUAAGCGCGCAGCUCUGGUGAUCCUAUGGCUGUGGAUUUAUUCAGGGCUUUUUGCGCUUGCACCAGUUUUAGGCUGGAAACGGGUUCCUCAAAGCCUAACUGCGGUCGGUUUUUGUGACUUCAACAUAACUACAGAAUAUUCUUUGUUGAGCUCCUCCGUGAAUUUCAUCUUGCCAACCGUGUUUAUGUGCGGGCUGUACUGGCGAAUCUACAAAAUUGCGAGUGGUCUUAGCAAACAGGAGGUGCUAGAUCCUUUGCAGAAUUCACCUGACAUUGGAAGAAAGUCGGCCAAGAGCCUGAAACGGCGGAUAACGACAACAAAGAAUAUCCUUAUCCUUGCCUGCGCAUUUUUCUUCUGUUGGAUGCCGCAUACUGUUCUCAGCAUCGUCGCGACAAUCAUGCUCAUGGCAUGUCAGUCAUGUAUACUAGCCAUCCCCAGAGAACUGUACAUUGUCUUUCUUAUGCUAGGAUACUCAAGCUCAGCUUUGAAUCCUUAUCUUUAUGCGUUAAGGAAUAAGCAGUUUAGGAACGCCUUAUCCAGGCUUGCUCCCGCGUUCCGUUGCAAGGUUACUCCGCGGAUACCUUCAACUCUUACAACUGGAAACCAAAAGUGCAGAAAGUUACUGGGUAACAACAGUACAGGACAGAGCACGCUAACCCGAACCACCACUUUGUAAACUGGGCUG